UAGCGCUCUUCAGCGUUGGCAACGCUGUUGUUGUCAUGUCGGUGAAGGAGGCUGCUUCUUCUUCGUGAACUUCGCUUUUAAACCCGAGGAAGAGAAGGUCGUCACCGUCGGAAUGGUGGUCGACCCGGGGGCCGCGGCUGUCCUGGUGGUGGCCUGUGUGAUAGCCAUAGUAGAAGCAACUCAAAGUUUAUCGGCAGAGGAAUGUUUUGCUGUGGGGUUGAACAGAGCAACUCUCAUGUGCUCAUCAUGUGAUACUUUAAAGGAAUUUAAUCUUGAAGCACUGGAGGGCAACUGUAGGCAGUGCUGCAAUGUUGAUGAUGUUAAUGCCACCCCAACAAAGUACCCACGGGCUCAGUUAGAAGUCUGUGGGUGACGACUGGGGGCAUUCCCACAGGUUCAGGCGUUCGUAAAGAGCGACCGACCUCUGGCGUUUCCAAACCUUACUGUUAAGUAUGUUAGAGGGGCAGAUCCAGUCAUCAAACUGAUGGAUGAGGACGGCGACGUCAUGGAGACGUUGGCAAUUGACAAGUGGAAUACAGACUCUGUCGAAGAGUUUCUCAACACUUAUCUUAUUCUUCCAGGGGAUGAGGAGGAAGAUGAAAAGGAAGAGGAUUAUUUGGAAACAAACAAGGUUUAAUGUUAGCUUGGAGCAUUUCUCUUUGUAUUGAAGGUCGGGUAGUUUUUAAAGUUCUUAAAAAUUGAUAGCGUUUGAUCGGCAGUUUUGGUGAUAGAUCAUAUUGCAGUUAAGUUUCAACAUUUGUACAUCAGAAUUCCAAGU